AUGAGCCAGGACGAGGGUUACAAAAUGACGCUGCUGGAAGAGUUACAGGGAGAUGACGAAGAGGCAGUGAUUGACCAAGGAAGAACGAGCAACGUCGUCAAUAUUCACUAUGAGAAGGAGGAGUUGGAAGGCCACCGGACCCUGUACGUGGGCGUGCGGAUGCCGCUGGUGAGGCAAAGCCACCGGCAUCACCGUCCCCACAGCCAGAAGCAUCGGGAACAGGAACGGGAGAAGGACUCUGCCCCGACGGAGCAGGGCUACCACUACACUCCGUCCCAGCGAGUGCAGUUCAUCCUCGGGACCGAGGAGGACGAGCAGCACGUUCCCCAUGACUUGUUCACCGAGCUGGAUGAGAUCUGCGUGAAAGAGGGUGAAGAUGCCGAGUGGAAGGAAACGGCAAGGUGGCUGAAGUUUGAGGAGGACGUGGAAGACGGCGGCGAGCGCUGGAGGAGCAAGCCCUACGUGGCCACGCUGUCCUUGCACAGCCUCUCUGAGCUGAGGAGUUGCAUCAUCAACGGGACGGUGCUGCUGGACAUUUGUGCCAACAGCAUCGAAGAGAUUGCAGAUAUGAUCCUGGGCCCGCAAGACCAGUCCACGGAGUUUGACGAGCACGUGCGGGCAAAAGUUCGAGAAGUCCUACUGAAGAAGCAUCACCAUCAGAAUGAGAAGAAAAAGAAACAACCUUCUUCCCAUCGUCCGCUCGCGCAGCUGCAUUUCAUGAAGAAAAUUCCCACCGGGGCUGAAGCAUCCAACGUGCUCGUAGGAGAGCUGGAUUUCCUUCGCCAGCCCAUCGUGGCAUUUGUCCGCCUGACCCCGGCUGUCCUCCUCUCGGGCAUGACGGAAGUUCCCAUCCCAACAAGGCUGCGUGAAGAAGAGAAAACCUUGAAAACUUUGUCUUCAGCAAAGACUUCUGAAAGUAAACCCAAUGCAAAGUCCCAGAAACAAGAAGCUGUCAAUAAGGCAAAAGUAUUUGCUGCAGCAUCUGGUAAGGGAAGUGAAGAAAGAGCUCUGGUCGAGAAGAUGUUUGGAGGAAAAGUGAAGACUACUGUACGCUGUCUGAAGUGCAAAAGCGUGUCUCAAAAGGAAGAAGCUUUCACAGAUCUCUCUCUGGCUUUCUGUCCGGAAUGUACUGAAGGGAAAGGCGACAACGUGGUGCAAACUCAGACCUCACCGAUGAGUCCUGCUGGGAAAAAACCUCUCAAGUUGGAAGCAAAUGGUGGAUGUGACCCAAGAACAAAGAAAGGAACCACAAAGGAUUUUUCUGCUGAGCCAAAGUCUGAGAAGACUACAAAUUCUGAACGCAACAAAGGUCAAGCUAAGAAGAAAAUGCCUCAGAGGGUAGUAGGUGAAAACCCUCUGUCAGUUACAGAUUUACUGCAUUAUUUUCUGGCGCCUGAGAUCCUCAGUGGUGACAACAAGUAUUACUGUGAAAAGUGUGCCUCUCUACAGAAUGCUGAGAAAACUAUGCAAAUCAUUGAGGAACCUGAAUACCUCAUUCUCACUCUUUUGAGAUUUUCCUAUGAUCCAAAGUGUCACGUAAGGCGCAAAGUCUUAGCUAAUGUGUCUCUGCCACUUGGUUUGAAACUACCAGUCCAAAGAGUAGCAUCCUCUCCAGGUGUAGUUUCAAGAGGUUGGUCUGUUGGUGUCGAGGUGUCUGAUAUUGGAGAAAAUAUUGCUAAAAAACUAAAGCCCUCAGGUGCUGAUGAAGUGACUCGCCCACGAUUGGAGCCCUGUUUGUUAAGCUCCGUGGUGAUGCAUUCUGGUGUAUCCUCUGGAAGUGGACAUUACUCUUCAUAUGCUAGAAAUGUUCCUGGGUCAGGGCCUUCAGGACCCUGCCAGCAGUCUACAGGUGAUUCUUUAGUUUCUCCUCAGGCUCAGUUGUUGACAGGGGAGAGUCCUUCUACUGUUGUAGAAAGUGACACUGGUAAGUCAAGAGAAUGGUUUCUGUUCAAUGACAGCAGAGUGACAUUUCCCUCAUUUCAGUCAGUCCAGAAAAUGACCAGUAGAUUUCCAAAGGACACUGCUUAUGUUCUGUUCUACAAAAAACGAAAUAGCACCCGUGGCUUCAGUUCGGCAAACGGAGACCCUCCCCUCCAGAAAGACCUCGUGGAUGCAAUUAUGAAAGAUAACAAACGAUACUUGCGGGGUGACCUAGCAGAGAUGUACCCUGCGCUGAAGAGUGUCCCGCGGGAAGGUGACAGACGAUUACAGGGCAACGCUGUGACCUGCCUGACAGCAAAGGUGCCCAGUGGCCGCAGAGCAGCCCAGGGUGUGAAGGUGGAUGCCGGUCUUGUCCUGUUGGCUCUGUCCCACUCCCACUUCAAAGUUGUGAUGUCUGAGAUCCGGGGCCACCUGAAGGCUCUGGCAGAGAUCUCCAGGGAGUUUGUGUUCCAUGUUUUGAUAUCUUGGGGCUACAAAGUGCUGGGGUUCUGGGAUGCUAAGGCUACAGUUGGCUAG